CUAAGCACUGCGUUUGCGCUGGUAAGAAGGGCCAGCAAGAAUGCAAGGGAGCUUUCGUACAUCAGAACUCUCGCCGGAGCUGCUGGAAUCUCCGUGAAAGAGUAUCGGCGACUGUGGGAGAUGUUUACAAAGAUCGACUAUGAAAACACUGGAAACAUCACUAAGAAGGAACUCAUGGCCGCGAUGAAGCGAGACAAGGACAUAGCCGCAUUCAUGCAAUUGUCUAGAGCCAAAGGCAAAGACGGCCGUAGAGAAUCAUUCGAAAGCGUCUUCAACAGGAUCGACUCCACUGGAGUCGGGGCCAUCACUUGGGAACAAUUCCUCUACUUCUUCUCGAGUGGUCGAUCGCUCAUCGGCGACAACGUCUGCCCAUCAAACUGCGUCUCCGGUGCUGCUAAGCGCCCGUCCAGUCCAAUUGGAGGCUCCGUGCGAUCCAGCGUUAUCGUACACCACGUCCAUUGUAACACCCCACACGACUAAGAACAUGCCGUACCCAAGAACCCUAAUCUGGUUUAUCGUCCGUACAUUGUCCGUAUCCAGGGUUUUAGCAAGAACCCUAAUCUGGUUUGUUGCGAUGGAGCCAUGGGUCCGCCGAUUCCUCUACAGCGGUGACAACAAGCACGUCUUCAUCGGUGUAGUGACGAUCUUGGGAGUGGGCUACAUUCCCUGGUACUUCAUGACCAGAGGUGUGAAGCAUUCCAGUCAUCAGGAUUACAUGGAUAAGGCAGAGGAAGCUCGCAAGGCGCGGCUGAGCACCUAGAGUAGGAAGAAAAUGCGGAGAUUUAGAUGAAUGGUAUAUGGUGUUUGAGAACUUCCCCCAAAACUUUGUUUUAGGGUUCUUGAGGGGUAUGGCGCGAGUAGAGGAGAAGCGGCCCUGUCCGUGCUGUAGUUGCCCGUGCUGCAUCAAGUACUUCCUGGUGGUCAUGUCUA